GGGAAGAAAUGGAUAUACUGCUGCAGUUUAAGAACUGCAAACCACACUAUUUGGUACACAAUAUGGGAGAAAUGGAUGGCAACGUCUGAUGAAAGUUAUAUAGAAUACCUAACUUGCUCCGAAAAUAAUUAUAUUAUUUGCGACUUUUUAAUACUAUUGAAAAAAAUUCAGUCUAAUGAUAGCAAAUGGACCACUAGGCGUGCUAACGCAUUUCUUUCUACUGUUGCCAAACAUGCAAAAACAGAUGAAGUAAAUUCUUGUCUUUUUAAAAUUUUAAAAGAUAUUAGUUUCAGUUCAAAUAGGACAAAUGACAUAAUUGCAACAUUAAUUGUAAUUAUUACACACUCCGGAUAUAACAUGGCAAAGGUAAAUAUAUUCGCAGAAAAGCACUAUGAAAUACCAAUGAUUCAAGCCAUUGAAAGUAAAAUAAGGAAACGAAGAUUGGAAUACGGAAGACUAAUCAGUAACUACGGACACUAUUUCAGUAUCACCGUAACGACAUAAAUAACGAGAUAUCUGAGUCAAGAUGAAAGACUAAUUCACUUGUUGCUCGCAUAUGACCAUAUAUCGAUAAUUAUUAUAAUCUCUUAUUUAGUUUUUAUCAAUUAAUAUCUGAAUAUACAAAACUA